AUGAAGACGCUCAUCGCUGCCUACGCGGGGGUCCUGCGAGUUCCUCCAGGUAUUAUAUGCACCAUUAUCCUACUAUAUAUGCUCUGCACAGACUGUUGGAUUAUAGCAGUUCUAUACUUAGUGUGGUACGCCUUCGACUGGAACACUCCGAGCAAGGCUGGAAGAAGAUCUCAGUGGAUUAGGAACUGGGCCAUUUGGAGAUACUUCCGAGAUUACUUUCCAAUCCGACGUCCAGGUCUCUGCCCUGUGAACCGCAACACCAUAGACUACCUCCUGUCCCAAAACGGCACCGGCAACGCGGUCGUCAUCGUGGUGGGAGGCGCUGCGGAGUCCUUGAAUUGUGCCCCGGGGAAAAACUGUGUGACUCUGAAGCACCGGAAGGGGUUUGUGAAGCUGGCGUUAAGACAUGGGGCCGAUCUGGUCCCCAUUUACUCCUUUGGGGAGAACGAAGUCUUCAAACAGGUCAUUUUUGAAGAGGGCUCCUGGUGCAGGUGGCUACAGAAGAAAUUGCAGAAGUAUAUUGGCGUAGCUCCGUGCGUCUUCCACGGACGGGGGCUCUUCUCCUCCAACAGCUGGGGGCUGGUGCCUUACGCCAGGCCCGUGACUACUGUCGUCGGCGAGCCCAUCACAAUCCCCAAAACCGACAAUCCGAGCCAGAAGGAAAUAGACUUUUAUCACAGCCUGUAUGUACAGUCUCUGGCGAAACUCUUUGAGAAGUACAAGACGAAAUUUGGCCUGUCGGAGGCGGAGACGUUGGAGAUCAACUGACGCGGCACCCGCGCGACGGCGCUUGUGGUCUUUCAAUUUGCUGGUGGGCUUAGAAAAACUGGCGCCAAAAGAGGCUGUUUCUGCCAGUACCUAUUGUUUUUGUCUUCUGCUCUGUGGAAUUGGGGGAUCGAGCAAGGAUCUGUAGAGAAGAUAAAGGAAUAUUGUCUAAAUAUCCAAAGAUUAGAUCUCUCUAAGAGCCGGUGUAUGGUUGGGGAGAGCGCUGUCUUGCCCCAUUAAAUCCCCUCAUCCCACCUCAAUCUCCAAAGUCGGCCAUUUGCUUUUUCCCUCUGCUGCUAAUUUCAGGGAUGCCCAGAUUUUUCCCUGUUUGAGAACAGUGGGAAGGAAGCCAGCCCAUCUGGCUACAGGCCAUCAUCAUCUCUGCAAGAGAGGUCUUCCCUUGAAUGGAGACCUUAUCUGCUCCGUCGAUGACUUGUGACGUGCCGCAGCUUCUUCUGAGAGGGAAAACGCAAGGAAAUGGGGAAGAAUGAGGAGCAAUGGCCCUCCCAAUAUUUGUUUUCCAGAGAGUCUCUUUAUUGUAUGGUUUCCCUGCCAUUUUGAAGCAGGAAAUAUGUUUAAUACUCUACGUUAAGUAUCCAGAUAGCUUUAGUGUUUAGCCAUUUU